UCCUCGGGCGACGUCGAUUCGUCCAAAUUAUCAAUUAUUAGUUAUUCUCAAAAAAGGUCACGCCUUAACGGUCCGGCCUCGCACCAGAUUCAAUACCAGAUUCAAUUUCAUUCUCAUUUCACCGGUGAGACAGGGUCGCUCUGAAUCAUGGAGGAGAAGCUCGUUGGGAGGUUGGAAUCUGCUGUGACGCGCUUAGAGUCUUUAUUAUCAUCCGGAUUCGCCUCCGGUGGUUUACCGAGAGAUGCUGGAAACGCGGCUCUUUCUGGCGAUGAUGCUGCAGCGGAUCCGUCAAUUGUUGCAUUCGGUGAUCUAUUGAGUCAAUAUGUUGGCGCUUUAAUAACUGCUUCGGAGAAGAUCGGUGGUCAAGCCUUGGACAUUACAGUGAUUAUGCAGGAGGCUUUUUUGGUUCAGAAAGAACUUUUGAUCAAGGUCAAGAGCACUCAGAAACCAGACCCUGCUGGGUUGGCUGAAUUUCUGAAACCACUGAAUGGAGUUAUCUCAAAGGCUGCUGCAUUGACAGAAGGAAAGAGAUCAGAUUUUUUUAACCAUUUGAAGGCUGCUGUUGACAGUCUCUCAGCCCUAGCAUGGAUUGCAUAUACUGGAAAGGGUUGUGGUAUGAGCAUGCCCAUUGCACACGUGGAGGAAAGUUGGCAAAUGGCUGAGUUUUAUAGCAACAAGGUUCUUGUAGAGUAUAGAAACAAAGAUUCGAAUCAUGUUGAGUGGAUCAAAGCUCUUAAAGAGCUAUAUCUUCCUGGUUUAAGGGAUUACGUGAAGACUUAUUAUCCUUUAGGCCCAGUUUGGAGUCGUACAGGACAAAGGAUUGCUCCAUCAAAAGCUCCUCCACCUUGUGCACCUGCUCCCCCAAAUCCUCCUUCUGCUUCUCUCUUCAGUUCUGAAUCUUCUCAGGCUUCAUCCUCUAAGCCAAGAGAUGGGAUGUCUGCUGUUUUUCAACAAAUAAGCUCUGGGAAUGUCACUGGGGGUCUAAGAAAGGUAACGGAUGAUAUGAAGACAAAGAAUCGCACACAUGGAACUGGAAUUGUUGGCAAUUGCGCUAGUGAAAAAGAAAGUCGUCCAGUUUCUAAUGCAACUGCUAAAGCAGGACCUCCAAAGUUUGAACUUCAAAUGGGUCGCAAGUGGGUUGUUGAAAAUCAAAUUGGAAAUAAAGACCUGGUGAUUGGUGAUUGUGAUGCCAAACAAUCUGUUUACAUUUAUGGAUGCAAAAAUUCUGUUUUGCAGAUCCAAGGGAAGAUCAACAAUAUAACUGUUGAUAAAUGCACAAAGAUGGGAGUUCUAUUUAAGGAUGUGGUUGCAGCUUGUGAGAUGGUAAAUUGUAAUGGGAUUGAGGUUCAGUGUCAGGGUUCGGCUCCAACAAUUUCGGUGGACAACACUUCUGGCUGCCAGCUUUAUCUGAGCAAAGAUUCUUUAGAAGUAUCCAUAUCUACAGCCAAGUCAAGUGAGAUCAAUGUGUUGGUACCUGGUGCCGCAUGUGAUGGUGAUUGGGUGGAGCAUGCUUUGCCCCAACAGUACUUCCAUGUGUUCAAGGAAGACCAUUUUGUAACUACUCCAGCUUCCCACUCUGGAGCUUAGAUACAUUAAUUGGCACUUUGGAGUUCCAUGGAUCGCUGGCUGUCUGGUUUCAAUUUUGUUUCUUUAAUUCAUUCGCAAUCAUAUGAGCAGCUGUUAUAUAUUCACGUCCAAGACUUUUUUGGACGUCCAGGUGAUGUAUGUGUGUCAAAAGUGUGUGUGUCGAAGUCUCACAUUGACUAAAAGAAAAACUCUCCUAGUGUAUAUAUACUAAGGAAUGAAGUGGACUAAUAAAAUGAGUUUGGAGGAGAAAUGGUUUCGCGCACAUGAGAUAAGUUAA